AUGUCGAACCGGAAGCACUUGCGUGCGCUGCAGACGGAGCUUGUGGAGCUUGAAGAGGGCCAGUUUGUGGGCCAGAUCGAAGCCAACGUGGGCUCGGCCACGUUUAUGGUCCACGUUCCGGGCAUUACGGACGCGCUGGGGAUGGGCAUUGCGCUGGAGGCAGAAAAGAAUGAUGGAGAAGAAGCAGGAGAGGGGGAGAAUCAUGGAAGCGGGCCGGAUGGUCCCGAUCGGGUCCUUGUUCGCCUCCCGUCCAAGUUCCGCAAUAUGGUCUGGAUCAAGAACGGCUCGUAUGUAGUUGUCGGCGCCUUUGCUGAUGAUGGAGGCACUGCGUCGGCAAAGAUCCGUGGCGAAAUCAUCCUCCCGCUGGCGGCUCCACAGGCGGAUCACCUCAAGACCAUCGGCGAGUGGCCCGCUGCUUUGGCUGACCCAGACGAGGCUGCAGCCGCUGAGGCUGCCUCGGACGACGAUGGCCACAACGACGCUGCAGACGAUUUUCUCGCAGACCUGCUGGCCAACCCCAAUAGGCGCGACUUUUCCGACGAGUACUCUUCCGACGAUGACGAGUAG